AUGAGAGCUUUUUGUUUAGUUCUUACGCUCGCUUUAUGCGUUACUUCUCGCCCUAUGUCAUUUGAUAGCGCUAAAGACUUCUUAGAAGGUGUCUAUCUGUCCUUUGCAGGUGUUCCUUUAGAAAAUUCCAGGUGUCUUGACGAUAAAUCACAAUCAAAUCUUCAUCACUCCUUGGAUAGGCUUUUUAUGGAUUAUAGAGAGGAUAGAUCCCUCCAAACCCUUAUCCACCACUUAGCCUUCAUUGUUCCAGACAUUUCUUCAGUCUUCGCUAACUGUGGCCUUGAAACUUAUGUCGAAGCUUUUUCAUCAAGUUUAUCAACUGAGGGCGACCAGCUUUUCUUAAGAAUUUCUCAAGAAUUCAGCACAAUUAAAGCAAUUUCUGCAGACCUCCAGAAACAAAUUGAGGCAGGAGAGUUCAAGCUUGCUGGAGAACAAUUGGGAAAUAUGAUGAAGCUUAUGAUUCCAAUUGGAGACUAUCAGCUAAAACAAGAUAGACUUUAUGCGUUCGCAGCUAACUUUACACUGUUUCUUGAAGGAGCUGCUAUGGGAUUCCAAGCGAAGUCCACCCCUCUUACUAACUCUCCUGUUUAAAUGCAAGUGAAAUAUUGGUAUUUCGCCCCCUUUAAUUAUAAAAAUAACAAUUUCUAUAUAAAUAGCUUUGGUAUCUAAUUUAAUGUGAUUUUUGUCACCAAAAAUGAAAAUUAACCUAUUUUAAAUAGAAAUUAUAAAGUAAAUAUUAUUUCAGCAAACCGAUAAAUAUUAAUUAAAUGAAAUAUUUUUGCUUGAAUUUUAAAGGGGAUUAAGUGCUACAAUACUACCACAAUGAUAAUGCCAUCAAUGAAUAACGCAUACAAAGAAAUCAAAAAAUGCGCUUAUUUGAACUUUACUGCUUGCAAUGAUGUCCCAGCAUAUCUGACUAUAUUUAAUUCAGCAGUUUCAAGUAUACUAUCAUUGUAUAGUUUAAAAUUUGAGGUCUAAAUAAAUCUAAAUUGUAAAAGAAUUAUGAUAAUAUUUAUUUAUAGGUAAAUGAAUAUUUAUAACGACUGCAAAAUGGAAACACUAAUCAGUGAUAUUGAAGCACUUACUCCCCCUCUGUAUGAGCAAAAAACUUUUGCUCGCUCAUGGAGGGGGAUAAUUUUUUUUAAAAAAAAUAAUAUAUAUAAAUUUUAUAGUAAUUAUUUUAAGAAUUUAAAGUAAAAAUUAAUUUAAUUUGCAAGUUUUAUGUUUUAAAAUGCAAGCUGUUUAAAUUAAACAAAAUUAGCUAGAGAUUUCAUUAUAAUAAUUAUCAUUUACAUAUCAAAAAUAUUUUUUCAUAAAUUUUUAUUCGCUCAUGGAGGGUGGGUUUUGGGGAAAAAAUGAGAUUUUUCCAAUGGUUUGUUCGCUCACGGAAGGAGGGAGUUACUGACCCAGAGAACUUUGUAACAGUAAUGUUCAGAUACUUCAGUAAAUCAACUGAUAUCCUAGAUCACUUUGAUGAGCUCAUUCAAGACACUGAAGAAUGGAACACUUAUGGGAUGGGCUAUAACUUAGCUUAUAUCCUCAAAGUUCUGUUGAACUUCUCCAUUUCUUAA